UUGAAACUUCAGUUUUGUUUUGUAUUGUCAAUGUGGCCGUGUCCGAGGAAGCCGAGUUAGAAAUAAUAAUAAAGUGUUUAUAAAUGAUAAAUAGAUCUCAAAGUUAGUACCUAUAUGUUAAAAACUAAAAAAAAAAAACAAUUUUAUGGCUACUGCUCGUAGUUUUGUAAAACAAUUUUUUUUUAAACUGUCGCAAUUCGCAAAUCUGAAGUGUGAAGUCGCAACAAGGAAAAGUUUGUUUUUAUUUUGAAGUGAUAAUUUUUGUGGUGGAAAUUUAAGAUAAAUCGCAAACAAAAUGUCAGCAAGUGAAGCGGAUAUGAGUGAUUCAAAUAUGGAAUCGCCAUUCUCGCAGUCGGAUUCGUCUCCAUAUAGUUCUCCAUCACAACAGGUGCCACAGCUCGCGAAUUUUAUUUCCGAGUUGUCAUGCACAGAGCCGAUGCAGCAUAGAGGCACUCUGCCAUAUCUGAAAAUUACUGAGCAGCCACAAGACCACUUCCGGUUCAGAUAUAAAAGUGAAAUGAUAGGGACACAUGGAUGUCUACUGGGAAAAUCCACCUCAACCACAAAAACUAAAUCACAUCCUACAGUUGAACUAAAAAACUACCCUGGCACAGCAUUAAUAAGAUGUAGACUGGUCAGACAUGAUGUUGAUGAGGAGCAUCCUCACCGGCUACUGGAAGAUGAUCAAGACAGAGACGUCACAAGUAUAAUACCACAACAGGGCAGUUAUAGAGUAGCAUUCAGUGGUAUGGGUAUAAUUCACACGGCUAAAAAGGAUGUUGCAUUAUUACUGUUUCAAAAAUACUCUCAGGAGAAAAUCAAACACUUAAAUGAAAAUGGACUUCGGCUCAUGUGCGAGAACCAGGCAAAAAAUAUCAAUUUAAAUAUCGUUCGGCUGAAAUUCAGCGCGCACGACGUCAACACGAAUGCUGAGAUUUGUCUGCCUGUGUACUCUGAGCCUAUUCACAACAUGAAAAGCGCUGCAACUAACGACUUAAAAAUAUGCCGGAUAAGUCGAUGCAACGGCAAGCCGCAGGGAGGUGACGACGUUUUUAUUUUCGUCGAAAAAGUAAAUAAAAAAAAUAUAAUGAUACGAUUUUUUGAAAUCGACGAAAAUGGUGACCGCGGCUGGACCGCAAACGGAACAUUCCUACAGAGUGAUGUACAUCACCAAUACGCUAUCGUUUUCAGGACACCGCGGUAUAGAGAUCCGAAAACGCCAAACAAUAUGAAAGUGUAUAUGGAGCUUGUCCGCCCUUCCGACGGCAGAACCAGCGAGCCCAAAGAAUUCACAUACAUUGCGGAAACCAUUCAUAGGAUGAACAAGAAGAGAAAAGCGGACUUUUCAUCGUACUCCUCGCUUGAAAGUAAUUCAGGUAGCUCAAUAAAAAGCUACAGUGAGUUGCCAAUUACUGUUGAAAAUGUUGAUAACAACAAUUUUUUCAAAAACGAAGAUGAAAUAAUGAAGGAUAUCCCUGCAGCGGUUCCAUUUACGGUACCGCAAAUACAGCAAGUGGCUCCGACGUCAGACAUACUGAUGGCAGACGCUAUCCUGUACGAAAUGGGGUCAGCAUCGGGCGGUGGGGUCGCCAAGCUGAGCCCCAUGCUGGGCCAGCCCAACGUGCCCGCGCCGCCCGGCCCGCCCGAGUUGCAGCUGCACUCCUCCGAGAUGGACCGCAUUCUACAGCGGAGCAUCGACCCGGAAGAGAGGCGGCGCUUCUGUGAGGCCGACCUACCACUAGCCGAAUACUUCAAAAACUUCGAUAGCAGCUUACCAGAAAUAAGUGAGCCGGGAGCAAUGGAAUUUCUCAAAUGUUCCAUGUUUGCAGCUGAUUCCGGCAAAAAUAAGAACGCGAAUCACAUCCAAAAGGACAGUUUAAAUGUAAAGGAAGAAUUUCCUAAAAAUAAUGUGAAAAAGAUAAACAACGGCGAAUAUUCAGCUGUAUACAAAUCAGAGGAUGGCCAGGAAGUCAAAAAGCUGGUGAAGGAGUUAUGCGAAAUGAUCAGAAGCAAAACGGCGUACAAGAAACAAACAGUUCGAGCUAAACUGGAAAGGUUGUUCGAAAUGCGACUGUGCAAUGGGGACACCUUUCUUCAUAUGACUCUUUGCAGCAAUCAGCCAAGCUUGGAGUAUAUUGUGAAGUUGAUACACAAUAUGAAAAUGACUAAAUUGCUCAAUUUGAAGAACAACCAAAUGCAAACUAUCCUCCAUCUUGCAAUCAUAAACGAUUCACCGAAACUUGUGUCGUUUUUGGUAUCGAAAGGUUGUAACCCCAUGGAGGAGGACGACGAGGGCAACAACGCCGUGCACUACGCGGUCAUCUGUCAGACGUGCAUCGAGCCGCUGCUGCACGCGGUGCAGAGCUGCGGCGUCAGCUGCGACCUCAACGCAUGCAACAACGAAAAGCAGAGUCCUCUGCACCUGGCAGUGAUAUACGCGUCGGCACAGAGCGCGGCGGCGCUGCUGCGGCACGGCGCCAGCGCCAACGCGCGCGACGCCUGCGGGCGCACGCCGCUGCACCUCGCCGCCACCGACCACUGCGAGCGCGUCGCGCGCCUGCUGGUCGACGUCAUACCGCCGAGCGACAUAGACGUAGUGGACGGGCGGGGCUACACCGCGCUGCAGACAGUGUGCGACGUCAGAGAAGUCAGAGAGAACACCCUCGAGAUCGCUAAACUUCUUCUCGAUAAAAAAGCGGAUCCACUGAGACACGAGGAGCACAACAAGCCGGCGUGGCGGCUGGCGCGCGACAAGCCCGCGCUGUGGCAGCUGAUGCAGCAGUACGUGCGGCCGCCGCUCGACGACGACGACGUCAAGUCCGAGCCCGAGGACGAGUUCGAGUCCGCCGACGAGGGCGAGAGCGCGGAGGCGGAGGCGGAGGCGGGCGCGAUGGCGGAGCUGCCGCUGUUCGCGGAAGAGUUGGCGGCGCUGCUGGACACGAGCGGCGCGUGGCGCGAGUUGGCGCGGCGCUUGCGGCGGGACACGCUGCACGCGUGGUUUGCGGCCGCGCCCUCGCCUACCAAGCAGCUGCUCUAUUACCUCAAGGACUGUGAUGAUAAUAUCACAUCGAAAUCGUUGGCGCUUAUACUAGAAGACAUGGGAUGCACAGACGCGGCCAUGGUCGUUCGGAAAUAUAUCUGACUAACUGAUGCUGUCAAAAUGUUGUGAUAUGUAACGCAUAGUACGAGAUCCGGCAUAAAGAUAUACCCUCAUCUGUGUGCCUAGUAGGAGUUUUCAAUAUUUUCAUACUGUUACCAUCACGUUGACGUAAACGCAAAUUUAUAUGGAAUUGAAACAGUUGUGCAGUAGUGCCACUAGAUGGCGCUGUUUCAAUUCCUUAGAAAUUCGCGUUUACGUUACGUGACAGUAACAGUAUCACACUGCCACUAGGCCCUCUGGUAUUUAUUUGGGAUAAAAAAUAAAUGAUGAAAAAUUAUUGACACAUUGCAAAUAGGUUGCCUUUUUUCCUUAUGCCGGAUCUUAGACCAUAUAAAUGAAUUAGCUAUUAGCAUGAAAUUAUUUUAAUUUUGUAAAUAAAAUGUAUUUUUAUACAACUGAUGUGAAACAUGCAAACUCCUUAUCAGAUGUUACAACUUACAACUUGCGCUGACAAAAUAUUUUAAUUCUUUUAGGUGUAAUUUUAUUAAUUUUGAUCAAAUAAUUUUUAUUAUCAUUUAAAAUGAAUUCUGUUUUCAAUCUUAUUAAAUGUAAUUAUUAUGUUAGUAUUAAGUAUAUUAUCAAAUUGUCUGCCUUUUAAUUUUAAGACUAUAAUUUUAUACUGAAAUUUUAAAACGUGUUUUUUAUUUAGAGAAUUUGUAAACUCUCGAUAGAUUAAUGGUUGGAUUCUAUGUAUCAAUAAAAAGACACAAGGGUGACUUCUGAAGUCGGUCAAAAAAAUUCAUUUGACUUGCACCCAUUUAGAUACAGAAUGACGGUUUGUUUUAUCAAUUUCAUUUCGACAUUAAAUUAUUAUAAUGUAACCAAAAAUAUUAUUAAUACUUUCUCAGCAUUUUACAAUGUUCAAGAUAUGAUCUAAAAGGUUUUUACUUUUUACUAUUUUACUGUGACAUAAGACUACGACUAGAUAUACAAAGAAUUGUAUAAUUAUUAUCUAAGUUGAAGUAAAUACUCUAUUUAAGUUAA